AUGUCUAUCAAUUACAAUGCACAACCUCAUGCUGUGGACGUGCCUGUUACUGACAUGGACGACCCCGAGGAUGAUAUUAUUUUUGCUGAACAAGCAUCUACACAACAAAAUAGAACUCGAAAUUCGUUUUUAGAUAAUUUGGAUUUUGAAACUGACAAUUCAAGGUCCGCAUCAGGAGGGAUUUUAGACAAAUUUCGCUCUUUUUUUGAGUCACGACUGGGUCAAAAUGAUGAUUACGAAAUGGUUCUGCGGUUUGACGUAGAUAGCACAAACGAAAGUGAUGGUCUAGAUAAUCAACCACCAAUUGAUGUUAGAGAACGCCGACUUCAAUUAUUGGAGAAACAAGUUAAACGUCGAACUAUUGUUGGUAGUGUAUUUUUGCUUACAGUGGGUAUAUUGACACUUGUGCUAUUCUUCAAUAAGAAUAGUGCUAAACUCUUGGUGAAUUCAGGACCAACCCGUAAAGUCUAUUCAAAUUCAACACAUGAGUUUCAUCAAACAACGAUAUUGAUAUCACUUGAUGGGUUCCACCCUCAUUACAUUAAUCCUUUGGAUACCCCUACCAUGCAUAAUAUAAUGAAGAAUGAUUAUGGUGCACCAUACAUGACUCCUAGUUUUCCCUCCCUGACUUUCCCUAAUCAUUGGACUUUAAUUACAGGAUUGCAUCCAUCUGAACAUGGAAUAGUAGGGAAUACUUUUUAUGAUCCGGUAUUGAAAAAACAAUUUAUAAACACAAAUCCUAAAGUAGGCGGAUUAGACCCAGAUUUUUGGAGAGGAGGCGAACCUAUUUGGAAGACGGCUGAGAGACAAAAUGUUAAAUCUGCAGUUCACAUGUGGCCAGGUUCAGAAGUACCACAUAUUGGCCCAACAAAGGAUUUUGAUAGAUACAAUGGGUCUGAAUUGUUAUCUUCAAAAGUGGAUAGAGUUAUGGGUUGGAUAGAUCACGAGAGCAUAGACACAAGACCAGAAUUGAUUCUUACCUAUGUUCCCACUAUUGACCAAUUUGGCCACAAGUUUGGGAUCUCAGGUGGUAACUUAACUGAAGCUUUGACUUAUGUCGAUAAUUUUAUUGACCUCAUGCAACAAGAGAUUCAUAAAAGAAAUCUCGAUGAAAUUGUCAACAUGAUUAUUGUCAGUGAUCACGGAAUGGCCCCAACUUCCAAUGACAGAUUGCUUUAUCUUGAUGAUUUGGUAGAUUUGGAUAAAAUUGAACAUAUUGAUGGGUGGCCAUUGUUUGGCUUACGGCCAAAGGGGGACAUUGAUGAUUUCUACAUUGAACUUUCAGGAAACUUUAAUAAACUAGAUUCCAAAGUGACUUCACAUUAUCAUAUAUAUAGAGUUGAGAAUAUACCACCAGAAUUUCAAUUUGGUGGCAACAUAACUGCUCACAAGUACAAUUACCGUCUAGCCCCAAUCUGGAUAAUACCUGAUGUUGGAUAUUCGAUCACUACGCAUAAACAAAUGGAGGAUAAUGGAUUUGAGUAUAAACCCAAAGGUGUUCAUGGGUAUAAUAACACUCACUUGUUAAUGAGAGCAAUAUUUUUAGGAACUGGGCCUUAUUUUAAAAACAAAAAUUUGAAAGUGGAGCCAUUUGCCAAUACAGAAGUUUAUAACUUGGUUUGUGAUACAUUGGAUAUUGUACCGGCACCAAAUAAUGGAAGCUUGCCACAUGAAGUUUGGUCUCAAAAACUACCUGAUGAAUGGACUGACGACUUGACAUUUCCAAACUUGCCAUUCCAAGUUGAGCAUAUUGUUAGAAAAAAUGCAACUUAUGAUUUGCUUUGGAGAAAAGGAAGUGAAGCAAAAAUCGAUCCAGCUCCAGCUCCAACAAACAAACAUCCAGUUGAAUCUAUGAAGUCAGAAGAGUCGACUAUCACCUCGCUAGAGACAGAAUCAUUGCCCAAACCAAGUGAUUUUAUUUCGUCCUCAACUGGUUCAACGAUGAAAACGCUGACUACUACAAAAGUUCAUGAAGGGUUUGGAGAGGUUAUAGGUGAUAUUAUUGGUGGAAUUGAAGAUGGUUUUGAUGCCAUUGGCGAUGUGGUUCAUGAUUUUAUAGACGAUAUCUUUUAA